GUAGUUCAGUUAUUGGGGCGCGACGUUAGGAGCGAGAGCGCCUCAUAUCGGUUCAGGUCGAGUUUUUUAUUGUUGUUGCCUAGCUUGCUAUUUCCUUCUUUUGCUAAAGGCCAAGUUAAACAGUUUAGGGCAGGGUUCCUAAACCUUGUAUCAUCAUACCUUCCUUCAUUGUCAUCUUAAUGUACACACCUCCUUUAAAAAUACAAACACCAAAAUGAACACAGGAGAACAAGGAGAAUAAUACAAUGAAACUGCAGGAAAGGUGGAUUUAUUAAAAAUGUAAUUAAAAGGUUGCUCAGAGAUCCUCUGGACUCAGCUCCGCCCCAAGGGAGGCACACCUCACCGUUUGGCAAACCUGGUUUAGGGGAUUAGCGUUGGGAAAGGGAGACAUGAUGCUCUUAGCUGAGCCACCAUCUACCUGCCUUUCCUCUACAGUGUACUAUAUGGUUUGUGAAGCUGGAUUUGAGAGGAAAUCAAGCUAUGCUCUCAGUAGUAUUAUAUGCAGCACCGGUGAAAUAAAUUGGGAAUUCAUCACAGAACAUGUACAAUAUGGAGAGCAAGACCCAACAUUGGAUUAUAUCAAAAGUGUGAGAUCUCUUGGUCCUUUAUGUGAAUCUAUUCACUUGCAUUUGAAAUCACUUACCAUGGAGCAAUUUGAAAACCAGUUUGUGGUGUGGCUUCAAUGGACAAACUGCCCAGAGAUAUUUCUUGAAAUGUUUGAUACCGUAAGGAACCCACAUGAUGCAGCAGUUGCACUCAGUUUAAUGAAGCUUACAUCAAGUUUGGAACGAGCCUUGGGUGAUGUAUUCUUAUUAAUUGGGAAAGAUUGUCCUUUUCUUCUAAGGGAUUUGCUUGCAUCCCAGGAACUUUUUUCUAUCUUUGGGCAACCAGUGAUGGAUGUUCUGAAGGUGUUCAUUGGGUGUCCAGAUGGUCUAAACCUCCGUAAUAUUUUGUGGCAUGGAUUUGUAUCAGCUAAAGAGAUUCCUGUCAAAUAUUUCUCCAUGCUACUUUUUUUAACAGCUGGAUUGGGACAACUGCUUAAUAAUUACUGCCUUCAGACUCAUUCUGCUUUAGUUCAUCGACCCUAUGUAUCUUUCACUCACUUGAAAGAGCUACAUAUAUUUCCAGAUCUUAAUAAAGAACUCUUGUCAUUAGCUGAAGAAUUAGUAACAAAAUCCAGUAUUGUGCUAAAGACCAUGUUACCUUUUUGGAUUACUGCAAUAACUUCAUUCCAGCAGGCGAGAUAUGCCGACUGUGUCAUUUUGCUACUUCCUCAGCUGGAAGGUGCGCUUAGAGUACUCUUCACAGCCGUUAAUAAAUGCCCAAGCAGACUAAUGACAGCUGAGUCAUCUUCUCUGUAUACCACUUUUGAUGAAAUACUAGCAAAACAGUUGAAUAAUGAAGAAAUGAAUCAGCUCCCCGGAGUCCUUGGUGAAUCAGGAAUGGAAUUUCUUUGGGAUUUUUUGAACCAUCAAGAAGGCCCACGUGUUAGAGACCAUCUGAGCCAUGGGGAAAUCAACUUAAAUCACUUCCCAAGAGAAAUAGCAAAUUCCAUGCUUUCAUUUUCUAUUACACUCCACUGCAGAUUUUCACAGGAUGACUUGGCUUCCAUUAAGGAACACGAAUUCUUAAAACUGUUAAUGACUUGUGCAAAUAAUUACUGUACCAGGUUUCAUCCAAUAAUUCAGCUUAAAAAACAGAUCCUGAACUGCAUAAAAAGUAUCACCUCUUGGCCAGAUUUUCCUAUGGAGCCUGAAGAACAAGAAGUUUCAGGAUCAGGAAGAGAUACUGCCCCCUGCAUUCUUAUGAUCAGUGAUAUUUUGUCUCAAUUGCAGCCCUAUUUGUCUGUGAAUGUUACACUAUUAGGUGACUCCUUAAAUAAUCUGCUAACUGAGAAGUUACUGACUGAACUUUGUAGCAAGCACAUUCAUACCCUUUUCUCUCCACGAAUUGUCCUGGAAACCAUUGUGGUGCUUCGCCAGAUAAGCACCCAUUGCCAUCAUGUGUCAUGUCAAGUCAUUUCGGUUUGUGAAACCAGAUAUAAACAGUGGAUAAACAAGUCACUGAGAUCUCGCCAACGACUUACCUUUCUGCGCAUGAAAAGAAGUAUCAAAUUUCUGUCCCCAGUUUUGCAACUCGUUUUAAUCUUGAUUACCCUGGAGCUAGGGAACAUUCAUAUGAUUUGCAGAAAAAAUACUUUUGAAUGUCAAAAGUACUUAAAGUUUCUCAGACUGAUUUUGCAGUAUAUUGAGAACUUGGUGACUUAUACAAGUCCAGAAAAAAAUAAAUGGGAUGAAACCAUAGUGCUUACACACAAAUCAUUGAUAAAAAUCAGAACCUUUCUAGGAAGAGAACUGAUGCUUGUACAGCUAGCUGAAACAAAGAAUAUAGUUAGUCCUCAUCAAAAUUCUAUAGGUUUAACCUAAACAGGCAGUUAUCAUUUCUCCCCAAUUUAUACAGAUCAACAUUUGCAAAAACUAUGUGCCUAUAUUCUCCAAUGCAGUGGAGUGUAGAUGUGAGUAUGAAAGAUUUUCUGAGCAAAAAAAAAAAAUAAAAAAUAUGGCAAAGCCACUAUUAUCUGUUGAAUAUGGGUGGAUGGGUAUAUCAGAUGAUGGAUCAAUGGAUGGACUGAUGGAUAAAUGAAUGGGUUUGAUCACAUUAGUAAGAUCAGUAUUAUUGCUGCUAUAAAUAUAUAUUUUAUUUUUACUAAAGUGCGUUAUAUACGUUACUAUAAAAAUGUUUCAGUAAAAUAUACUGAUUUGUAAAUUAUUUUUUACAAUUUUCGCUGAUUAAGGUGAAUAAACUGGGAGAUAUGAGUUACCAUUAUAGAUUGAAAAUGUUAUUGCCUAUUUCUCAGAACUCAUUCUGAAUUCACAUUAAUAUUUAAUUAUCAUUGUGAUAUUUUGAGGACUCAGAAUUGUACUAUGCGUCUGCAUAGUACAUAGUACAUCUCACAAUUCUUUUACAUCAGUCUUUGGAAUUCCUUUCCUGACUGGUGCCUCUUGCACAGCCUCACUUUAUGACCACAUUGCUUAGCAAUGGAAAUGCUGAUCUCAUUGUACGUUGAGGACUGGCUGUACUGCAUUAAAAACAAAAAAAGCCUACAGUAGUAUGCUUUCUUACCAGGAAACUAAACACAAGGUGGCGGUGUAGGACAACAUGUACUCCCUUUUUACAACCUGUAAGGACAACAUAAACAGAAAAUAAAAGCAGGAGAGUAGAAAGUUAGAAAUGUCAUUACCUCCAUUGGACCCAGGAAACGUGUAGAUUUUUAAAUAAGGGAAUAUUAAAAGUGUAGGACUAAGCAUUCUCUUGUCAAAUGCAUUCUUCCUAGUCUUAAAUAUGCUGGGAAUCCAUCAUUCAAAUUCAACAUGCAGAUUCUUUCUCUGCCAAAAAACCAAAUCAUUCCCAUUAAUCGUUCCAUCAACCCUGAAAACUGGUCAUAUUUUUUUUCCUCUUCACUUUUCUUCCCUGGUUUAGAAAAUAUACCUGAGCCCAGAGAUUCUUCAAUUGUCUCAAAAUCCAAGGAUGAUUCAGGUCUAGCUGCUCCUUGUGUUGUCAUUUGUUCCAGCUUGAAUGAGCAAGAGAUAUCUGUUGAUAGGCUUGAUGAAUUUUGGGGAGGGGGGAUGUUGAUCUGUUAAAUCCCUUAGAGGGCAAAUUUAAUGAAAUCCUAUUUACCAGAGUUCACGUCCAUGUGCAUUUAAAGAAAUUGAAUCCUUACUGGAUGAUUUUGUAUGAUUUGUGUUCUAAGUUAUUCUAGUCUAUUUUUUAAAAAAAAUCUAUAUGGAAACAAAGUUUUUUUAGGAGACUGAAACCACAGAGUCACUUGUUUAAUCAUAAAGACGUGUUCCUUAGCAUUAAUAAUGCUGUUAUAUUUUAUUAAAAAUUGUAUGGGAUUUUUUAAGA